AGCGCAGCGUUGUUUCAUCCGCUCUCCCGAAAUGGCGUCUCCGAUCGCUCUCGCUCCCGCUUCUCUCUUCUCCGCCGCCGCCGCUGCCGCCGCUCGCCGGCCCCGUCGGCCGGACCUCGCCGCGUUCCCCCGGCCGCCGUCGUACCGGGCGAGGAGGCCGCCGCGGGGGAGCCAAUUCGAGCCGCGAGCGGCGGCGAAGCUCGCCGAGAAGACCGCGCUGGAGUACAGGAAGCUCGGCGACUCCGACCUCGUCGUCAGCGAAAUCACGCUCGGCACGAUGACAUUUGGUGAGCAGAACACAGAGAAAGAGGCCCAUGACAUGCUCAGUUAUGCAUGGGAUCAUGGUAUCAAUAUUCUAGACACUGCAGAAGCUUAUCCCAUUCCAAUGAGGAAGGAGACACAAGGAAAUACUGAUCUAUAUAUUGGUAGCUGGCUGAAGUCCCAACCACGUGACAAGGUCAUUUUGGCAACAAAAGUAUGUGGCUAUUCCGAGCGAUCAAGUUAUAUCCGUGAGGAUGCAAAGGUUUUACGGGUUGAUGCUGCAAAUAUCAAAGAAAGUGUUGAAAAGAGCCUUAAGCGCCUCAACACCGACUACAUUGAUUUGCUGCAAAUCCAUUGGCCAGAUCGCUAUGUUCCAUUGUUUGGCGAAUAUAACUAUGAUUUCUCUAAAUGGAGGCCUAGUGUACCUUUUGUGGAGCAGUUGAAGGCUUUUCAAGAGCUUAUUGACGAAGGGAAGGUUCGUUACAUUGGCGUUUCAAAUGAGACUUCCUAUGGAGUGAUGGAGUUUGUUCAUGCAGCUAAAGUUGAGGGAUUACCAAAGAUUGUAAGCAUACAAAAUAGCUACAGUUUACUUGUCAGAUGCCGCUUUGAAGUUGAUCUUGUGGAAGUUUGCCACCCAAAGAACUGCAAUAUAGGGUUACUUGCUUAUUCUCCACUGGGUGGUGGAUCCCUAAGUGGGAAGUAUUUAGAUAUGAAUUCUGAAGCUGCAAAGAAAGGGAGGUUGAACCUAUUCCCUGGUUACAUGGAGAGAUAUUACAGAUCUUAUGCCAAGGAAGCAACCAUAAAAUAUGUUGAGGUUGCGAAGAAAUACGGGUUGACCCUCGUUCAACUUGCUCUUGCAUUUGCAAGAGAUCAGCCGUUCAUGACAAGUUCAAUCAUUGGCGCAACCUCUGUUGAGCAAUUAAAAGAAGACAUUGAUGCUUUUCUGACAGUUGAGAGGCCUUUGCCAUCUGAAAUAAUGGCAGACAUUGAAGCCAUUUUCAAGAGAUACAAAGAUCCAGCCAUCCUAUAAGGUCAAGGCUCGAGAAACUUUGUGAGCAAAAUGCUAUUCAUUGCUAGUCUCCUUAAGAAAAUUCUUUAUGUACCAAUUCGACUCUCGAUUCAUCUACCGGUCUGCAAAAGUCUGGGAUUUUUUUUUGUAUAUUUAACACAUAUUCCUGUAAGAUAACUUCCUGAGAGAACUUUGCUCUCAGUCGAGCAAUGAAAUUGCUCCAGUUUUUCCAUUUCCAAA